CGAAACCAGCCUUUAAGCGUAAAGUCCGAAAAAAUAAUCGUGGUUGAACACAAAACACGUGGCUGAACAUAAAACUCAAAACAAAGUCUCUCGGAAGGCGAGCUAAAAUUUUCUAAAGUAAAACCAAGAUCGGAUUUUUCCUUUUCCAUGCUUCUCCAAGAUGGCUGCCCUUAACAUGUAGAAAAAGACUAAUUUUUCAACUAAUUUCCAUUGUAAUAUAAUUCUGAAUAAAAUGGCUGAUGUAGAAAAUAUCACAAUGUCUCAGCCUCAUCUCGCUAAACAAGAUUUAGUAACCUUGGAUCCAUCGAGACUGAACCCACUUUCGCCUGAAAUUAUAAGUCGUCAAGCAACUAUAAAUAUUGGUACCAUUGGACAUGUAGCUCACGGAAAAUCAACAGUUGUCAAAGCUAUUUCUGGUGUUCAGACUGUUCGUUUCAAAAAUGAGUUGGAAAGAAAUAUUACUAUUAAGUUAGGAUAUGCAAAUGCUAAGAUAUACAGAUGUGAUAACUCUGGAUGUCCAAGACCUGGGUGUUACAGAUCAUGUGGCAGUAGCAAAGAAGAUGUUUUUCCUUGUGAUAGACCUAGUUGUACUGGGAAGUUUAGACUUGUCAGGCAUGUGUCAUUUGUGGAUUGCCCAGGACAUGAUAUUCUCAUGGCUACUAUGUUGAACGGUGCAGCUGUUAUGGAUGCUGCUUUGUUAUUAAUAGCGGGUAAUGAAUCAUGUCCACAGCCGCAAACAUCAGAGCAUUUAGCAGCUAUAGAAAUUAUGAAACUUAAACACAUGAUUAUUUUGCAGAACAAAAUUGAUUUGGUUAAAGAGACUCAAGCAAAAGAACAACAUGAACAAAUUCUACGAUUUGUCAAAGGUACAAUUGCUGAAGGGUCUCCUAUUGUUCCAAUAUCUGCUCAGUUAAAAUACAAUAUAGAAGUGAUUUGUGAUUAUAUUUGCAAAAAGAUACCAGUUCCUAUUCGAGAUUUUAAAUCUCAACCUCGUUUAAUUGUUAUUCGAUCGUUCGACGUGAACAAACCAGGUUGUGAAGUAGAUGAUUUAAAAGGUGGUGUUGCUGGUGGAAGUAUUCUUAGAGGUAUUUUAAAGGUUAACCAGGAAAUAGAAAUCCGUCCAGGCAUAAUUUCAAAGGAUUCUGAUGGUAAGCUACGAUGCCAGCCCAUAUUUUCGAAAAUUGUAUCCUUAUUUGCAGAACACAAUGAUUUGCAAUAUGCAGCUCCCGGAGGUCUAAUUGGUGUCGGUACUAAAAUUGAUCCAACGUUAUGCCGUGCUGAUCGUAUGGUUGGUCAGGUGUUAGGUGCAGUUGGUGCACUACCAGAUAUGUAUACAGAGCUUGAAAUUAGUUACUUUUUGUUAAGAAGGUUGCUCGGUGUCAAAACUGAAGGGGAUAAAAAAGGAGCUAAGGUACAAAAGCUUGCAAAGAAUGAGAUGCUGAUGGUGAAUAUAGGCUCCUUAUCGACAGGUGGCCGAGUGCUGGCUGUUAAAGCAGAUUUAGCGAAAAUUGUUCUCACGCAGCCUGUUUGUACAGAAAUCGGAGAGAAAAUUGCAUUAAGUAGGAGAGUAGAUAGACAUUGGAGGUUAAUUGGUUGGGGUGAAAUCAGACGUGGUGUCACAAUAAACUUGCCGAAGUAAAUAUAACGCAUGGUCGGUUAUUGAAGUAACAAAUGGAAUUAUUUAACAUUAAUUGUCGAUGAGAAAAUUUAGUUGUUAAAAA